AUGGCAGCAGUGGGGAAAGAGGUUCUUCCUCAAUCUCAACGUGGAAUCAAUCGAAAAGAAGAUGAAGAAGUGAAUGACAACCCUAUCGAGGAAGUGAGAUUGACAGUACCAAUCACAGAUGACCCAACAGAAGUAGCCUUGACAGUUCGAACUUGGUUUCUUGGGCUGCUAUCUUGUUGCAUUCUUGCGUUUGUGAACGACUUCUUUAGCUACCGGACUAAUCAACUCUAUAUCAGUUCAGUUUCCGCGCAAAUCAUUGUGUUACCUCUAGGGAGGUUAAUGGCUGCAACCCUUCCUGACACAAAAAUUACAGUCCCAUUCACCAAGUGGUCGUUCUCUUUGAAUCCGGGACCAUUCUCUAUGAAAGAACAUGUGCUGAUUACCAUCCUUGCUAGCUGCGGAUCAGGUUCGGUUUAUGCAACACAUAUUAUCACCAUUGUCAAAGCCUUUUACCACAGAGGACUCCAUCCACUUGCAGCCUUAUUGCUAGCACAAACUACUCAGCUGCUUGGAUAUGGAUGGGCUGGUUUGUUCAGAAAGUACCUGGUUGAUUCCCCUUACAUGUGGUGGCCAUCGAACCUAGUCCAAGUCUCAUUGUUCAGGGCAUUGAAUGAGAAAGAAAAGAGACCAAAGGGAAGACUUUCCAGGCUACAAUUCUUCAUCAUCGUUUUCAUAUCUAGCUUCAGUUACUAUGUUAUUCCAGGCUACCUUUUCCCAUCAAUAUCAGCCCUCUCUUUUGUUUGCUGGAUAUGGAAGGAUUCAAUAACUGCCCAACAGAUUGGUUCAGGUUUAAAUGGCUUUGGCAUUGGCUCUUUUGGUCUUGACUGGUCUACUGUUGCUUUCCUUGGGAGUCCUCUUCCCACACCAUUAUUUUCCAUUGUCAAUACCUUAGUUGGGUUUUUCUUGGUUUUCUAUAUUCUUAUUCCCAUUGCUUACUGGAUGAAUGUAUUCCAAGCUAGACGAUUUCCUUUGAUCACUUCAUCGACUUAUGAUGCUGCUGGCAAUAUCUACAACAUUACUAGAAUUCUCAACGAUAAGACAUUCGACAUCAACCUGGAUAGCUAUGAUAAUUAUAGCAAACUCUAUAUGAGUGCUGUGUUUGCCAUCACUUAUGGAUUGAGCUUUGCAACUCUAAUGGCUAGCAUUUCACAUGUCGCCCUGUUUGAGGGAAAGACAAUUUGGACAUUGUGGAGAAAGGCAAAAUCUGCAGCAAAGGAGAAAUUUAGCGAUGUACACACAAGAUUGAUGAAGAAGAACUAUGAGGCAGUCCCUGAUUGGUGGUUUUAUGUUAUCUUAAUUUCAACUUUGGCCCUUUCCCUUCUUGCCUGUGAAGGUUUUGGCAAACAGCUGCAGCUCCCAUGGUGGGGGCUUUUGCUAGCUUGUACCAUUGCACUAUUUUUCACCUUACCUGUUGGCAUAAUUCAAGCCACAACGAACACGCAACCGGGCCUGAAUGUGAUCACCGAGUUGAUUAUCGGGUAUUUGUACCCUGGAAAGCCCCUUGCUAAUGUUUCUUUCAAGACCUAUGGCUACAUUAGUAUGGCUCAAGCUCUUAGCUUGACUCAGGACCUCAAAUUAGGUCUCUACAUGAAGAUCCCACCCAAAUCAAUGUUCAUUGCUCAGCUAGUAGGAACUAUAGUUGCUUCAUGUUGCUACUUUGGGACAACAUGGUGGCUUCUGUCAACUGUAGAUAAUAUUUGUCUUCCAGAUUUGUUGCCAACAGGGAGCCCAUGGACAUGUCCUGGAGACAACGUUUUUUACAAUGCUUCAAUCAUAUGGGGAGUUGUAGGCCCACUCAGAAUGUUCACAAGUCUAGGCAACUACCCACAGUUGAACUGGUUCUUUCUCAUUGGUUUUCUUGCUCCUUUCCCUGUAUGGUUGCUGUCAAUCAAAUACCCAGAGAAAAAAUGGAUCAAGCUCAUUCAUAUGCCUCUUCUCAUUUCUGGUGCAAGCGCCUUGCCAUCAGCUAAAGCUGUGCACUACAUUUGCUGGGGAGUUGUUGGAAUUUUCUUCAAUUGGUUUAUCUACAAAAGGCACAAAGGAUGGUGGGCUAGACACACUUAUGUCCUGUCAGCUGCCUUGGAUGCUGGGGUUGGGUUUAUGGGAUUACUCAUAUUCUUUGUCCUGCAAUCCUUUGAUAAUUCUUAUGGCCCAGAUUGGUGGGGUUUGGAGGCUAGUGACCAUUGUCCAUUGGCACAUUGCCCUACAGCACCAGGGGUUGUGGCUAAAGGAUGUCCAGUUCUUUGAAUUAGUCCUUGUUAAUCUUGUUGGGAAUAAGAUGAAUGUGAAAAGAAAAAACCA